AUGGGCAACAUUGGUUCGCAAAGUUUCUCUCCUUCAACGGAUCUGGUGGAUCUGAAAGGAAAAGUGAUCAUUGUUACUGGAGGAAAUCGUGGAAUAGGAUUGGCUACCGUCAGACAUCUUGCGAGAGCGGGUGCCAAGGUAUACCUUGCUGCAAGAGAUGAGUCCAAAGCUACUGGCGCGAUAGCUCAGCUGGAACACGAAGGAUUGGGUCCGGGGAAUGGUGAGGUGAUAUGGUUGAAGUUGGACCUUUCGGACCCGAGGGACGCAAAGAAAGGUGCAGAGGAAUUCCUGAAGCGUGAAUCUAGGUUGGAUAUUUUAGUGAAUAAUGCGGCACUGAUGCAAGGUGAUUUUACCAUUGGACCAGAUGGAGUGGCCACCAUGGUUGUGAUAAACUACAUUAGUCCGUUCGUUUUCACACAGACUCUUAUCCCACUUCUACAACAAACUGCAAAGGAGAAUAAUUCUGAUGUUCGAAUUGUCAAUGUCACAUCGAUUAUGCACAAAAUGGUUUCGGUCCCCAAUUUAAAAUUCGAUGAACCUGCAGACUUCAAUCUUGAUUUCCGGGGGAAGUAUUUUGCAGGUCUCCAACGCUAUGGCAAGUCAAUACACAGCUACUCAAAGCUGAUAAUGUCUUUAUGGACCAAGUCCCUUCAUCGACGAUUGAAUGCAGACAAGACGGCACCUAUUACUGUGAUUGCAGUACAUCCUGGAGGAGUCGACACCUUCUCCCAUAAUUGGCCCCUUCCCAAAAUUACGGGAUUUCUAGCCCGUUUGGCUAUCUCGACCACAGAUGUAGGAGCGUACACAUCAGUAUUUGCUGCAGCUGGGAAGAAAGUGGCGGAUAACAAGCAGGUGUAUCAAGGAGCCUAUUUAGAGAACAAACCAACUGGCAAAAUCGCGGAGCCGUACAAGGCAGUUUUGGACGAGGCUCUUGGAGAUCAACUGUGGGAGACUACCGUGAAGUUUUUAGGAAAUAUCGGUGUUGUAGUUUGA